CCUGAUUCCAAGAAAACGCCAAGAUUCCAAGAACCUAAAAUAUUUGGGUAGAGGUAGAAGAUGUGCAAGGAGUGCGUUUAGUCGCAAGCAAUAUGCCAAACAACAGGAGAAACCGAAAUUCGCAAACGAGAAAUCAACGGCAACGGCAACAGCAACUCGCUGAUGCAACUAAACAACACCGAAGAUCUAACGAGGAUCGCGUUCCUAAUCAAACAAAGUUUACAGUUUUCAUCGAUGACGGGGAACGAUGUCAAAUCGAGAAGUGGGUUGAAAUGAAUGAAUAUAUCGAAACCGGAGGCGAUUUGUUCGGGUUGUGGGUGGAUAGCCAUACAGCUGUCAUCCAGUUUGUGUUGGGGCCCGGGCAGAAAUGCCGCAGAACAACCACGUCGUUUUAUCAAGAUGUCGAGUAUCUGAAGAAUGCAGGCAAUUACCUGACACAAAAGCACGGUUUGUGCAACGUUGGUCAAUGGCAUUCUCACCAUAGACUUGGCCUGACACGACCAAGUGGCGGAGAUGAAAACACAGUGUGGGGAAACAUGCCAAGCCUUGGUUUGAAACGAUAUAUCGUGUUCAUCGCAACGAUAAAGGGUUUGGGUGAAAGAAUGGAAGUCAACAUCAAUCCAUAUUUGUUUGAAAUUGAUCAAAGGGGUAGAAGAUUACCAGUUGUUCACGGAGAAUUGAAGGUUUUGAAAGGGCAAAACUCGCCAUUUCGCAAUACAGCUAUUGGUGAUAAUCCAUAUAUUAGAAAUGGUCGGGAAGCUGAAAAAGAAGUUAAACGUGAUAAAAUCCCCAAAGGAAUACGGAAGGCAAAGAAGUACACGUCAAGGGUGAAAUUGCCACCGAAGUUUCCAAAAGUGGAAAUUAAAUUUAUACCUGUACAGUACUAUAUAACAACUAAACUUCAGCCGUCCAUUCCAAGCUUUCACUUUCACCUUUCACGAAUCUACUGCAAGAUGACUUUCUGGAAGACGUUCUUUAAAGAGGUAUUUAUACCAGUAUUUAACAUACUUUGGUAUUUUUUCAUAUGGUCGUACAGUCAAACCAUCAGAAGCGGUAAAUUUAUCACUCAAUGGGCUAGCAACGAUCUUUCAACCGAAGACAGGAAAUUCAAAGUAUACAUUUACAAAGAUGAGUUAAAGAAUAUCAAAGAAUGGGUGAUGGCAAAGGAUGAUAUUGAAACUGGUGGUGAUCUGUUCGGAUUGUGGAUAGACAGACAUACAGUUGUCAUUCAAUUUGUACUUGGUCCUGGUGAAAAUUGUCGGCGAACCCAAACAUCGUUCUUUCAGGAUAUUGAGUAUCUUAGUAGUGUUGGAAAUUACCUCACAACCAAACAAGGUUUGUGUAACGUUGGACAAUGGCACUCGCAUCACAUAAUGAAUUUACCAGAACCAAGCGCGGGUGAUAGGAAUACAGUAUGGAAUAAUAUACGUGGGUCGGAUAUGGAACGAUACGUUGUGUUUAUCGCAACAAUCAAGAAAUCGAUUAUGACCGAAUUCCAGGAAUCCGAAAGUGUUCAAGUGAAUUGCUUUCUCUUUGAGAUUGAUAGCGAAACAAAGAAGCAGCUUCCAGUUUUGCACGGAGAAAUUUGUGAGAUGGAAGAGGAUAGUCCAAUGCACACUGAUUGCUCUGAGUUAAAUGACCUGAUUGAAUCAGGCAAGGAAAUUGAAAAAAAUCUAAUAAAUACGGAUGUAUGAAAAAAUGAAGCGUAUUGAACAAUGU